AUGAAUGAACGAGAGAAAUCGACUGAGUUAAUGGGAACGAUAAAUAUACCAGCUUUAGUGUAGUGCUCUUCACUCAUGUGAAGUGCUUUCCCGUCUGAGUGCAGCCCUCACACCUCCAGCAAUGCUCAAAGCUCUGCUGUCACAGACCUGCAGCCCAGCAGGGGGCGCCCUCACAGAAACCUCCAUGUGAUUUGUGGCUCUGCAGGCUUUGAAUCUGAUAUCAGACUGACAGGAACCAAUCAACGAGGCUGCGGGGUGUCGGUUUGUACUUCUGUGAAGAUGCUGCUGAUGCGACACUGUGUGUCUGUUUACCGAGUGCUGGGGUCGACCCAGUGAAGCAGAGAUCAAAAGAUCCCCACAGUCAUAUUUAGGCAGACCUCUGCAGGUCAUUUGAGUGGACAGUUCAGCUCAUCGGUUUGUCUUUGAAAGUAAACAUUCUUCAGAUCCUGAGAUUCUUCACACUUUUGAAAAACCUGUUUCCUCCUCAGAGAUGCCUUUCCCAUCCUUGUCCCCUCUCUUCCUCCUCUUCCUGACUCCAGAGGCGUGGAGCUACGAGGCCCCUGAAGACAAACAGGACGUGUUUGCCAGAACGGCAUGUCCCGCCUUCCUGACCUUCACCAACGCUGCCUACCUGUCAGGAGUCACCGUGGAGCUGCCCUGCCUCUGCAAACCAGAGCAGGUCCAGUCGGUUGUCUGGUUUUUCCGGAAACAUCUGGAACGAUCAGAGGACACCAAAGCGCUGACUGAUCACCAUGGCAACCACCUGCUCGAUCCCAGCCAGGUCCCUCACAGCGGAGACCUGCGGAGUCGCUUCUCCAUCCGACUCUUCAGCCUGCUGAUCUUCAGAGCCGGGCCCGAUGAUGCAGGCGUCUACAUCUGUGGCUCCGCCCACAAAGACUUCUUCUAUGGUUAUGACCUGGACAUCCAGGAGGCUGCCACGCUCAGCUUCACCAACAGACUCGUUUCAGAGGCUGGCGACGGGAAACGGGACCAGAGCACCGACCUCAGCGCUCUGUACCACCUCUUCACCAGCUUCCAGCCGUGGUCUGUGUGCGACCGGUGCGGCGUGCCGGGCGAGCAGGUCCGAGCCGGGCUCUGCUACAUACGCUCCCGCUUCCUGAACGUGCGCUACAGGCGAGCCAAUCAGACGAUUGUUUCAUGCGGCUCGGGGGCAGUGCCAAGAGCCUUUGGUCUGAAGCGAAGCAGAGUCGCGGUGAAGCUGGAGGUCAGAAGCUGUCAUAUGACGUGUCCGUCUCAGGCCCCGCCCUCCAAGCUGCUCGGUCUGAUGUCUCUUUUUGGGUCCAGUUCUGCCUCAUUGCCAACCGGGCUUCCUCUAUACUACCUGACCCACCCCGACGGCCAGGUCCUCACCCUGGGCUGUCCCGGGGCGCGCCCUGACAUGGCGGUCGCCUGGGACCGAGGGGACGAACCUAUCUACAGGUCUGAACACUCGUCAGGCGCCGGCACAGACCUCAGACUGAUCAUAGACACCGGACACCACCUGCUGUUCCAGCCGGCUCAAACUCAGGACUCAGGUGUGUAUUACUGCUGGCUGUACGGUCGCCGGGCGGCAGAGAUCCACCUCCUUGUGUACCCUCACUUUGGCAGCCAGUCGCUCCUGUCGCAUCCUGACUUUCCGGCCGCCGUGCGGACUGUGCUGGGAUCGUAUGCUGCCAUGACGGCUGUGUUUUUCCUGCUGAUGCUGGGCCGAGCUGUGCUGAGACACCGCAGAGAGCAAAGCCACGUGGACUAAAGGCAGUGAGGGUGUCAAACCUUCACCUAUUGGCUAAUUCAAAGAUAAUUGGCACACGUCCAUUGGCUGACCUGAGCACAGUAGGCCAAUCGCUUGCCAGGGAUCAUUACAAAAGAGCAGCUCGACAGGCCUUUCGUUUUGCAUAUUGUUUUAUUUAGACCCAGGGAAGCUGUCGACCUUUUUUUGUUUUACUAAUUUCUUUGAUUUAGCUCAACUGCCUGGUCCUCCUCCCU